AUGACAGCCAUGCUUCGGAACGACUCCGUGCAGGGCUUCUCGGUCUCGCAGCCCAACUUGGGCGCUGCCCUGCAGUUCAUUCCUGCUAUGGGCAGCCAGCUGCUGGACGAGCUAAUCCAUGCCUACAUCCCCGGCGACGCUUCCAUCCAGGACAAGCGCUCAUUCGUUUCCAUGGACUUCUUCGAGUACUCUCGCUUGACCGGCGAGACCUUCAGGUACUACCCAGUCGCAGCACGUAACACGGCAACCUCGUCUGCCAGUUCAAGCCCCGCCCAGGAUUCCGGAUACGCAUCCCAGUUUGUGUCGCCCGUGAUUUCGGACGGCAGCUUCUCGACGCCUGCCUCUGUCGACAUCGCGACCCCUGCUUCCUUCUUCCAAGAUACUGUUGUUCAGCAGGCCCCCAAGAAGGCUCCAAAGAAGGCCGUUGCCUCCUCGUCUCGGUCGCCCGCUAAUGACUUCUCACACAUCCCCGGAAUGAAGAUCAUGACCCGUGAUGGCCUGGACAUCACCAACUCGGCCUCUCGUGGCUGCAAGACCAAGGAGCAGCGCGACCACGCACACUUGAUGAGAAUCAUCAAGGCAUGCGAUGCCUGCAAGAAGAAGAAGAUCCGAUGCGACCCUAGCCACAAGAAGCGCACGACGACACAGGCACAGGCUCCGGCACCCUCUCAAUCCCAAUCACGACCGAAGCCUUCCAAGAAGCUCAAGCAAGCUGCAAUCGAAGCACCGGUUGCCGCGCCACAAGAUUUAGGCAUAUUCGACGCGUCUUCCUUCACCAGGGAUGACGCUUUUGCCGACUUUGAGCUUCCCGUUACGACAAUCGAGUACCAGGAGUCUUGGGAGUCACUCGUUCACUACGAUGAUGAGCCCAUGUACUCUGUCCCUGUUGACUACGACUUCUUCUUCGACCCUGCUGGUCACUUCUCGCCCGGUUCGAACAGCUCUGCAUCCUCCUCUCAGCCAGCCGUCACUGCCCAACCGCAGCUCGUCUCUCGACCACCAACCACGCCACCGUCUCUCCCAUACAUGGGAGCCGGCAGCUCUAGUUCCAACUAUGUCGACUUUGAUCUGUUCUCGCCUGCUGCUAGCUUUAUCGACGACGAGUCUAUGCCUGUCAACGAUAUCGCCAACUUCCACGGGGAACGUAGGAGCGACAACGUGGCUUCCAAUGUUCGUCUGUCUUCGUCGAACCCUACAGCAAGCGCUAGCUUGAUCGGCUCUCUGCCCGGAUACCUUGAGAUUCAAGAAUGGCCCGAACCGGGCCUAGCUUGGUACAACUCUGGUGCGGAGACGUUGUGUGUAGGAAGGCAGACGCAGACACAGAACACACCGCUAGCGCAAGCGUCCCGCGCACCAUCUGCAGCAUCUCCACAGCUUCCCGAUACUCUAGUGGUAUGUCGAUACGUGUCCCCAACCAUGCCGAUGCCACUAACAAGUUGUCAGGAUGAACCUCUUAUAGAUGCACCAAGGAUAGUAUCGUCCGCAGCUCGCCAACACAGCUCGUCCACCGGUCGUGGCAGGCUAGACUUUGUGUCUCGUCCUCGGUCCUGUGGUGCAAUUGGUGAGGUCAUGCGCGAUAUCGCGGCGGCCAAUUCGGCACCACUAUCAAGCUUAAGCCCUUCGGUUGCUCGUACUUCCCAGAUUGCUACCGUUUCGGAUGCGUCAUCGUCGACAACGGUCGCUGCACGACUAAGGACUGGUGCGUCAGUGCAGAGGUCACAGUUCUCGUCGUCAGCCAGCCUCGCAAUCGCGACCGAUGCCCCUGAUGUACGCAGCAGCAGCGUGCCUGGGACUUCCGUCGUCGUUUCAUCUGCAAGCGAGAUUAUGUCAAGCCUCCUACCCACACCCCAUGUGAUCAGCGUGGCGGUGGCUUGCGGAGUUCUUGGUUGUGCACCCCUGUCUAUGGUGGUAUGCUUCCUUUCCUUUGUACUUGGGCUUGUCGCCCUGGGGUCGAUCUACUGCCCCCAGACCGCAUGGUCAGGUACGGAUCAGAGAAUCCACAAAACCACUCCCUUAUCCAGGAGUCAAGACAACAAGCAGAGCUUCCUCUCUCGACGAUGCGAGAGCUGGAGGUUCACAGCACAUAACGAGUGUCGCCAUAUGGACACGUUCUAUCCCACGAUGGGGCGCCUGGCGACUUCUAGGUUGCUGACGCUCACUCGGUAAAAGAUGGGCCACCUCGUUCUUGUUGUCUAUUGACUUGGAUGCGGCAUACCCGUUCCUCCGCGGCGUUACUUGAUGAUGUCGCUCGCUGGCGGGGAUGCUGCGCCGUGUAGCUGUACACUUUAGCGUGUGUACUGUUGUCGGUUAACUGGGAGCAUUUUUGGUUUUAUGAGAUACCCCUCUGUUCUUCAUUUUGGUCCACGUUUCUGCCUUGGUGGUGGUUUUGCCGGGACCGGCAUAUGGGCCAGUCAGUGUGAAGGGUUUUGGACGGGCUUGGGGAGGUGAGGUGGCUGGGAUGUGUGCGCUUAUUGCCCCUAGGUCUGUCGAUAAUCUACUGAUUUGGCUG